AUGCCUAGAGGAGGACUCAACCUGAAGGCUACGUCUAUUUUAGCCUUGCUAAUUCUAGUUGGUGUGAUUGUUGUGUAUCGUAUAUCUGCGCAGACUGGCCAGAACAUUAGUAGACCUGUACCGAAGAAUACGUUAGUUUCAGAGAUGGAGAUGGAUCAAGUUGCAUUGACAGCUCAAUCUGAAUGUCCAUAUAGUGUUAACCCUACAAAUGUAUACAGUCGCUAUUCAACACAAUGGAAGCUGAACGUAAACGUCUGCAAUAAAUGUAUUAAUUUCCCAAAAGCCACCUUAAAAACACAGUUUGGAGAUACUCCAAUAUUCAUAUAUCAGAGUGCAAGUGACGUUUGGGUUUCUGGAGUUAUUAAAACGACUGGUCAUUUCGAGGCUGCAAAAACUAACGGAAUAGCAGCACUACUUCAGACCGAUUCAAAUUUGAACUUAAUUGAUAUCGGUGCUAAUAUAGGCGUACAUACUUUAGCUAUCGCAAAAAUGGGGCGGAAAGUACUAGCCGUAGAGGCUUUAGACAAAAACAUUCAGCAUCUUUGUGCUUCCGUCACAGCUGGAGAUAUGCAGCAUGACGUCACUAUUGUUUACAACGCAAUAUCCGAUGGGCAUAUGAGGGUUAAACUUGGUGUUGAUAAGAACAAUAUGGGCGGUACGUAUGUCGAUGUGGACUCUAAACACAUUAAAGACCUAAAGGAAGGUCGCGCUCAGGGCACGUACGGAGAAGUGGACACUAUUACAAUGGACGACCUUGUGGAACUUCCUGUUUUUAAGAAUUUUUCUAAGGUUAUAGUAAAAAUGGAUAUUGAAGGAUUUGAACAUAAAGCUAUAUCUAAAUCAGAAAAGUUCUUCAAAGCAGUAGAUGUUCAGGCGUUCAUAAUGGAAUGGGAGUUUCACAGAAAGAUGUCGUCAGGAGGCGAUAUACUAAAGCGCAUGAAAGACUUAAAAUUUGAACCAUACCGUGUCGAGAAUCCUUCUGCACGACUCUCAGUAGAAUCCAGUGAUUCUUGGCCGUACGAUGUUUUAUGGCGUCCAGCUAAAUAA